UAUCAGCUUUAUUCAAAGUUUCGGUCGGACGGUCACUCAUGCACAACGGGCUCACCUGGGUCAAUCGUAACUACUGCAACAUCACGCAUUAGGAAGCCCUCGUCUCUCUCUCUCUCUCUCCGUCCCAAGCCUCGCCGCAGCAGGAAGCUCUCGCUUUUCUCUCCAUUGCAGGCUUCGCAGCAGCUUCUUCUCUGUUCCGUCGCAGGUUUCGCAAGAGCAGGAAGCCCUCUGCUCUAUUUCUGCGGCAGGCUUCGCAACAUCAGUAAAUAUUUCAGAGACAAAGAGGGUUCUCAAGUGCGCGCAAAUUUCGCCGGCGAGGCUGCACGACGAGGUUCGGUGAUAAUUCGCUACAAAAUUUUGAUCAGUAGAGCUGUUUGUUUGACGGAGUAGCAGCGAAGGCGUGGAUUCUGACCAGAAACAGCGCCAUUGUGAAAGCGGUCGGUUGUAGUUCUCAGCUACAAACUCUAGCAAAGCUGAGUUUUGCAAUUACUGCAGUGAUUGUGUUGAUAUAAGGAGGAAACAGAUAUGCUUUCAGGAGUAAAGUUUAUCCCUCGCAAUCAGAUUCAUAAAGCGCAAGAGGAGAAUUUCAAUGCUUCUGUGAAUGAGAGAAAGAAAUCAAGUAGCAGGAAGGAAAAACAUAGGAGGAAAAGUAAGGGUUCUCGUUACAACAGUAGUUCUGAUGAUGAAGAACUUGAGAGAAUAAAGAAAUCAUCUAGAAAGAAAAAAAAGUGGUACUCUUCUGAUGAGUAUUCAUCAUCAUAUUCAUCUGGAGCUGAAACUGAUACCGACUCCGAUGAAGAUGAAAAGAAGCAUAUGAAUAAGAAGAAGGAUAAGAGAAGUAGCAAUGAUACAUCAGGUGAAGAAGCUAGCCAGAGGUCUAAGAAGAGAUUAAUAGGGGAGAGAAAGCAUUAUUCUUCUGAAAAUUGUUCUACAUCUACUUCUGACGAUGAGGAAGGUAUAAAAGGCAGACAUCAAAGAAGAAGCAAAAAAAAUCGAGGGAUAAAGAGUAAGAAAAGAAAGCAUGAAAAGGGCACUGUGGAAGAGGAUAAUGUUGAUGAUGUUAAGGAGAAGGAGAUAAUGAGGAAGGAAAUAGGAUUAGAAUGGAUGGUUAGACCUGAAGAAAAGACAGAUAGGCAGGCUAAAAUACCUAGUGAGCCCCAACCAGAGGAACAUCAGACUGCAGAGGUCAAGAAGGACAAUCCCAAGGAAUUGAAUCCAUAUUUGAAGGAUAAUGGCAUCGGCUAUCCAGAAGAGUCAGAUCAGAGAAGCAGUGAUGCCAAUCAACUUUUGGCUUCUUCAGUUGGAGACGGUGGUGCAAGCUGGAGAUUAAAAGCCUUAAAGCGUGCACAGGAGCAAGCAGCUCGUGAAGGACGAAAGCUUGAAGAGGUUGUUGAAGAACGGUGGGGUUCUCUAGGACAGCUCGCUGUUUCAGUUGCAUCUCGUGCAGCUGCUCCAUCUCGUGCUCAUCUGCAUGCUAUAAAAAAUCGAAAGAGGGAGCUUACAGAUGAACAUGAAACAGUUGUGGACAAUCAAAAUAAGGGGGACAUUGAAAAGGAUGGUGGCAAAGAUUACUUGCAGGAUGUCUCCCUUAGACAUCCUGAAAUGAAAGCACCAAAACUCCAUGAUUCUUUGUCAUGGAGAAAGCACGGAAGUAAAAAAUUAUCCAGUAGGGAUUCUGGUCUUAUCUCUGCUGCAGCAUCUAGCCUAAACAAGUUUUCUGAUAAUGGGAGCUUUAUGCAUGAAUUUAUGCAUCGGCCGGCCAUUGACUCUGGGAGUCCUCAUGGUUCAUUAAAUACAAGUUGUGAGGGAAAGGGGGAUGCAGAGUUGGCCUCAUUGAAGACAAGCAAGAAUAAUGAUGAGGAUUCAGUUGUUAAGCAUACAUUGAGUGCAAAUCAACUGGCAGCUAAGGCUUUGCAGCUUCGUAUGAGAGGGAAGCAUGAAGAAGCAGAUAAACUUUUGAAAGAAGCAGAAAGCAUCAAGGAGAAGCAGGAGUCUGGGGAUAAAUUAAUCAGACAGCAAAAUGAGGGAGGCACAAGCAGGUAUAUUAGGCAGGAAAUAUCUCUUCAACAAAAGAAGAAGCAGGAGAAUUCUGAUGUGCAUCUAGCUGAAAGGAUAGUGCAGAAUAGACGUUAUGGUGUAACCAAUGAGGUUGAUGAUGAGUAUGAUUUUGAUGAUGGUCCAAGCAAAAAGAGUCGGAAGAAAAGAGGGGGCAGUGAGCAUAAAUUGACAGAUUCAAGUAAUUUUUCAAAGCGCAUCUUGACUCAACAAGAGCGCUGCCAGUUUUGCUUUGAGAACCCCAAUAGACCUCGCCAUCUUGUCAUUUCGAUAGCCAAUUUUACAUACUUAAUGUUGCCACAAUGGCAGCCAGUUGUGCCAGGCCAUUGCUGUAUUUUACCAUUGCAGCAUGAGUCAGCGACACGAACUGUUGAUGAUGAUGUGUGGGAAGAAAUUCGCAACUUCAAGAAAUGUCUUAUUAUGAUGUUUGCAAAACAGGAAAUGGAUUUAGUGUUUCUUGAAACUGUGAUAGGAUUGUCUCAGCAACGGCGGCAUUGCUUGAUUGAGUGCAUUCCUUUGCCGCGAGACAUUGCCAAACAGGCACCGCUUUACUUUAAGAAGGCAAUUGAUGAAGCUGAAGAUGAGUGGAGUCAGCACAAUGCAAAGAAGCUCAUUGAUACAAGUAAAAAGGGAUUGCGUGGUUCGAUUCCCAAGGACUUCCCCUACUUCCACGUUGAGUUUGGUCUUAACAGGGGCUUUGUUCACGUUAUAGAUGAUGAAAAACAAUUCAAAAGCAGCCUUGGCCUUAAUGUAAUAAGGGGUAUGCUGCGUUUGCCUGAGGAAGACAUGCACCGUCGCAGGAGGCUCGAGUCAUUAGAGGCCCAAAAGCAAGCAGUAGUGAGUUUUGCUCAUGAUUGGGAGCCCUUUGACUGGACAAAACAGCUUGGCUAAGUGCAAGAACCUAAACCUACUUUUUUGGUAAGCACCCGAGGCUUUUAAACCUCAUCUGGUGUAUCCUGCUUGCUCUUCUGAGUGAGUCACUUGGUCAUUCUGGUUUUAUUGGAAUGCAAGGUCAAAUAGAAAACAUAAAUAUUGAGGACCAAUGUUAUGAAAUGUUAGGUACUGGUGGAUGAUAAGAUGAUGUUGGGCUGUGAGUGAGUCUUCUCACAGGUUAUUAUUUUUUUUGUAGUCCUUUUUUGUAAUAAUCUAUCUUUGACAAAGUGCAGCUUACGUCGUAAACUUGCACCCCACAUUUUGUUGCCGAGGACAAUAAAGAAUCUGGUAUUAUGUCA